UUUGAGUCACACCAUCUUCAUGCAUGCAUAGCCUUUGCAUCUCGAAGCAUGUCGUCCGACGACGCCCACGAGCUCUGAGGACGUUGACACGGUCCACGAAUCUGACCGAGAGUAGUAACAGUUGCUUUGGACUCUCGCCUGAUGGACCUCCGCGUCGCGGGCUCGUGAAGAUUCGACCGAGAUUCAUGCGCUUACCGAUCCAAGCUAUUAGCGAAUCUGCGGUUUGGUGCCACCUUGCAGUGUUGAGGCCACUGCUGUGGUGUAUCGUUCAAUUCGCCUCCAUUGCUACAAGCCGUUUCUACUUUUUUGGGAUGGAGUACUUGCCCGCGCUUCGCCGCAAGCGCCCGUGGCAGCCCACGAGUCCUGGCGACGUUUUUGCCGAGAUCGCACGCCUCAAGGAGCGGCGCCGCCUCAUCCAGGCCAAGCGCACCGAGGCGCUCACGAGCCUCGGCUUUACCGAUUUGCUCACGAGCCCGUCCACGACGCUCGUCCCUUCUUUGGCGACCAACGAGGCGUGUUCCAGUAGCCUUCGCCCGGCGUCCGCGCCCGAUCUAGUGCAGCAGCGUUGCCCCCGUUGCUAAACAUUGUACUUUGUCGCUUUGCAUACACGGGGUUGUAUGCCGGAGCUGGCGGCUUGUUCA